GAUGUGUUGUUUUGUGUCGGUGUUUUUUUUUCGGGUGAAAAUAAGCCGGCUUUAACGAAAACAACAUUGAAACGUGAAAUACGAGAUCCUCCGUUCUGGCAUUGGCCGGAAGCCUCGACGUGGCCAAAUUUAAAUUCGUUCCCAUAAUCCCGGGAGCUUUCGAAAAUUGGAAAUCGAUGAAAUAACACCCUUCAAAAAAAUUGUUAUCAUUCCGGACUCGCGAAAAUCCUGUGACGAUGUGAGUUCUUUCUUGUGGGUGUUAAAUUUUUAGUCGAAAAUCUAAGUCCACGGAUACGGAGGCCAAGAUGUCCAGUGGCGUGUGGCUUCGAUGUCAUUCUGUCUUGACGCCGCUGACUCUGCUGUCGCUACUCUUGCUGUUGGGGAUCCAUCUUCCGUACGUUGUAGCGCAAUGCGGACCCUCGGCACAAGAAAAGCAAGACAGGCAGAGUAAGCUGGCUCUCUAUAAAGUCACCCUGAAGACAUACUGGUCGAGAGCACGCUUCCCCAGACAUUAUCCCGAAUGGAAACCUCCUGCUCAAUUCGGCAAACUUGUUGGUCGAACUCACGAUGCCACUUACACCCUUUACCGUCUGGGCGAGAGGCUUUCUUCUGGAGUGAGGCAAUACGUUGAAACUGGAAGGACGGACGGUCUUGAUACUGGAGGUGAAUUCCCGAAUACCUUACACUCUUUUAGCGGUCCUUCAGUACCUCAGGGUGAAGGGACGAGUAUAGCAAGAGCAUUUCUUGAUGGCAAUCAUUCUCUCAUCAGCGUAGUGGCUCGCAUCAAUCCCAGCCCCGAUUGGUUCAUAGGGGUGGAUUCUUUCCAACUCUGCGUCGAGGGCAACUGGGUGGAUACAGUCACUGUCGAGCUUGACCCUUUGGACGGCGGAACUGACAACGGAUUCACGUUUACGGCUGCCAAUUGGCCAACUCAACCCCAGGGGAUUGCCUACAGGAUCACGUCCAGAUAUCCUGCACAUCCCGCAGGAAGCUUUUUCUAUCCGAAUUUGCCACGUCUGCCUCCAAUCGCCACACUCACAUUCACCAAGUUGAAGGAGUACACACUGACGGAAACGUACCACGAGGACGAAGUAGAGAUGGAAUUCGUGAGCAACGAAAAUUUACUGUCGAAUAGUCCGACCCCCAGAGGAAUCGAUCCGAACAGAGACCUGAACGAGGUCAUUGCUGUAGAACGAGGGGAAAUGGAUACCCAAAGAUACAGUUACUGGACACCCGAGAAUUCUCGAGAGCAGUUCGUGACAAGUAAGCCCGAUGACAACAAGGCGGCUAUCAUGAACAGCAUCGCCUCGUCAUAUGCUCUGCAACGACCGAGGUUAAUGGCGACCUCGAAGCCUUUGCCGGACAAAACGAAAGAGGGUAAAAAGCUCGAAAAUAUCGGAAAGUGGUCGUACUACCGACCCUACCAGGGCUCCUCAGAGGCGCAGAAGGCACAAAUAUUUGAGGAUAUUCAAAGGAAAAUCACCAAUGUUACGAGCGUGCCCGCCACCAGUCAUCCCUGGAGAAAUUCUACCAAUAUCAGCGAACAUCAACGCAGAUACAGGUCGAAGCACCAUAAAUAUACCAAAGGAAAAAGACCGCGAACUCGACUGCCAAGGGACUGCAAAGUAGGCGAAUGGGGUCCCUGGAGUGCUUGCAGUCGAACUUGUGGGGUGGGUGAGACCCAGAGGACAAGAAAGGUCGUCAUAAAGCCGCGUAGGGGCGGCGUUCGCUGUCCACCACUAAAGGAAACCAAGUGGUGCAGCGGAAUCAAUCCUUGUCACGAGAAUGGUAAAUCUCUCCAGGACACUCAUCGAUGGUAGUGCUCCUCCUAUGAGUGAAUAGAUCCAAAAUCCGAUCGUGAUCCUUAGACAAAAAAAUCGCUAGUAGUUAAAGUUGACCCCCCCCC